UGUAAUUCCUCUCUCUAUCCCCCAAAUACCAUGCCGAUGCGGCGCCAUCUCGACCUCACCCGCGCCGCCAUGCCGCCGCGGCGCUGGCCGGCGGCGCCGCCUCCCGCCUGCGCCUUCUCCGCCGCGGCGCCGUCCGCCAAAACCACCGUGCAGCUCGCCCACCUCGCGCACCUCCCGUCCUCCCUCCCGCCGCCGUCCCACUGCACCGUCACCCCGCCCGUGCAGCCCUGGCCGCGCCGCCUCACUCCCCGGAGCUUCUCCCGCCUCCUCCUCCGCCUCCCGACCCCUCAGCUCGCCGUGCUCGCCUUCCGCCACGCGCUCUUCCGCGCCACGCCGCCCCUGCCCCCAUCCGUCCCCGUCUUCGCCGCGGUGCUCUCUCGCCUCGCCGGCGCCCCCCCGGACCUGCUGCCGCCGGUCCUCUCCGCCCUCCGCGCCGCCCGCCUCCCGGCCUUCUCCGACCGCGCCUUCCUGCCCCUCCUCCGCGCGCUCCCGCCGCUCCCCUCCCUCCGCCUCUUCCUCUCCCUCCCGUCCUUCAACUCCCACCUCUCCGUGCGCUCCUUCAACGCGCUCCUCCACUCCCUCGUCGCCGCGCGCCGCCUCCGCCUCGCCGCCGCCCUCUUCCGCGCCGCGCCCACCAAGCUCUACAUCACGCCCGACCUCGUCUCCUGCAACAUUCUGCUCAAGGGGCUCGUCGGCGUCCGCGACCUCGAUGCCGCCCUCAAGGUUCUCGAUGAAAUGCCCGGGUGGGGGAUCGUCCCUGAUGUCGUCACCUACACGACGGUUCUCUCCGCAUACUGUGCCAAGGAGGAUCUCAAGGGCGCACAGAAGCUAUUCGAUGAUAUUAUUGCCGGUGGGCGUGUGCCAGAUGUUACGAUGUACACGGUGCUCAUCGAUGGGUACUGCCGGACCGGGAAGAUACAGGAUGCAGCUAGGAUUAUGGACGAGAUGGAGGCAGCUGGGGUGCAGCCGAAUGAGGUUACGUAUUCAGUCGUGAUUGAGGCAUGCUGUAAGGAGGGGAAAUCUGCCGAGGCGUGCAAUCUAAUGGGCGAGAUGCUUGGGGCAGGUUACACACCAGACACACCACUGGCUGCUAAGGUGGUCGAUGUGCUGUGCCAGGACGGAAAGGCAGACGAAGCACACGGAAUGUGGAGAUGGAUGGUGAAGAAGAACGUCCCACCAGAUAACACAAUCACGAACACACUGAUCUAUUGGUUAUGCAAGAGCGGAAUGGUUCGGGAGGCAAGGAAGCUGUUUGAUGAGCUCGAGAAGGGGUACAAGCCAAGCUUACUGACUUAUAACUCGCUUAUUUCCGGAUUAUGUGAAAAUGGGAAGUUACAAGAAGCUGGGCAGGUGUGCGAUGACAUGGUUGAACGGAGAUAUGAGCCAAAUUCCAUGACUUACGAGGCCUUCAUCAAGGGAUUUUGCAAAAUUGGGAAGCCAGAUGAAGGGGCCGCAGUAUUUACUGAGAUGGUGACCAAAGGGUGCACCCCAAGCAAGGUUCUUUACCAAGUUUUGGUUGAUAGCCUUUCUGAGCCAAUACACGACGAUAUUAUUGGCAAAAUUGUUCAAACUGCUGCCUUAAGUGGUGGGGAUUUCUUGGAUGGGGAUUCUUGGGAGCUCUUUAUCAGGAGAGUGUUAGAUACUAAGAGUGAUGCUUGGAACAAGCAUCUCAACUCAGUGCUAGAUACAUAACCAUAAGGUGUGGUGUGCAGACUAUGGCUGAAAGCCCCAAACUGAUCAUUGUAUUCUGAAUAAAUUUCUCAAGGAAGUUGAUGCCUUGAUGCCACUAGUCUUCCACUGUAACAACUAACAACUUCUCUGGAAACGUCUUCCACUAUAACUAACAUGGUCAGUAGCACACUGAUCUAUUGAUUGUGCAAGAAUAGAAUGUUUGGGAAGGUGAGGAGGCUGUUUGAUGGGCUCAUGGAGGGGUCCAUAUCAAGCUUUUUGAUUUGUAGCUCACUUAGUAUCAAAUUGUGUGAAAAUAGGGAGUUACAGGAGGCUUGGGUCAUGUGAAAACUGUUCAGAUUACCGUCGCAAGAAUAAGAUUGGAGAAUAUUUGAGGCACUGGAGCUGCUAAUUGUUAGCAACAAAACUUUCUGGAUGAAUAGUGUAGAGUUAAAUGGUGUUCUUGGUUGCUCAGCUAAAACCCCAUUAUUACUCUGUAUUCAGUUCUCAUUUCCUUGUCAUUGCCUCUGCAACUCAGAUCUUCCUGGCACAUUGUAUUUCUGCAGUGUAGAAGAGGAUGUGGUCCAUGGCUUGCCCUAUAUUGAAGUACUUUGUGAGAGACCUUCAAUCCUCAUGGUCACUGGUGGAAACUGCUGGGCUGUGGUGAGGGAAGGGAAAGGCAACAGAGAGGAAGAUGGCGGUGAUUCUGACGACCAUUUAGAGUUAUCUCUGGCGGUAUUGUUGUUGAUGAUGAUAGUGUAUUCCUCUUAGUUUUGUGAAACAUAUGUUAUAAAAAGGUCCCUAGUGAUCAGAAGCACGUAUAUGAUUCUGCUCCCUGUCAGCAGCUCAGCUCUUGCUUCAACCUGAUGAAUUGCUCUUGUAAGCUCAAUGUCGUAGAAGCUUCCCACGGAUUUAUCUCAACUACAGGAGGAACUGGUAAAAUAUCUUUGUUCCCUAUUUGUACCUUGAUCAACAUAAUCUACAGUUUUUCAGACUGAAACUGUCAACAGCUAGAGUUCUGCUUACCAAGCUACCUGCAUUUGCAGCAGUAGGACAAUUUAAUUUCUGUUAUCCAAAGGGAUGCCCUUAACUUGGAGCCAGACCACAUCCAAAUCCCUAGUAGAAUAAUAAGAAGUAAACCAUAUGUUGUGGGACUAAAAAGUAGGACGUUUCAUUCAAGUUAAGUCAAUUUUUGAUAUGUUGUUUAUUCAUUUAUCAAGCUUCCUGAGAACUAGUGUAAUUGUUUGUUUGUAGGUAAGUACAGAUGUGAUUCUGCUUCACAUCCUGGGUACAAGUCGGUCAGGACUGUCCCAACUGAAUUAUUUUUAACUGAACUUUAUCAGCAGAGCGAGUAAUGUCCAUCAUCUCUGGCUCCAAUAGUCUGAUGCCUGCUCAAGUGCGCAUGGACUGUCCAGCGGCAGUUCAUGUCCGACAGGAACCGCUUGAAAGCCGACCGUGACGAGCCACCAUCGCUCCAGGCCACGGCGGUGCCUUUCUGGUGACCGGACACUCGCUCCCGGAGUUCCCUUCCUGUCUAGGACUCCAUCACAAGCCUAACCUUAGCCUCCACCUUGUCGGCCCGGACCAGCCCCUGCUGCCACCCAACCAUCUCCACCGCGAUCCUCAGAUCCUCCACCAUGAACACCUUGUUCAUCCUGUGGUCCGCGUACAGCGGCCAGCCCAACAUCGACACACCAGCCAUGAUCCCCUCCAGCACCGAGUUCCACCCGCAUGGCCCUGUGGUGGAGCACGUCCACCUGCGGUGCCCACCGCUUGCUGACGAGCCCGCGGCCGUCGGUUCACUCCACGAACCCCUCCGGCAGGAGCGCAUGGAGGUCCGGGUCGUCGUUGUUGACACUCUUGGGGUCUCGUACCACCGACCUCUCCAGCCCAAUGGCGAUCUCCCUGAUCUGCUCCUCCGAGUGGCUCACCUCAGCUAUGCACCCGAAGCAGAGGAACAUGACACUGCGGUCCGAUUGCCCGUCAUGCCACGCGAGGCAGCCGUGCCCCGAUGCCUCUGCUCGCUCGCCGGUCUUCUGGACCAGAGACCUGACAUAGUACAACGGAGCCAGCACCACGCCGGGCGGAAGAUGUCGUGGAUGCCUGAUGUAUCUUUUGGCCAGAAUUUUACCUUCCGUGGAAGAGGAGGACAUGGACAAUCGUCGCGGUAAGGGAUGCAAAACCAACACCGUACGUGACGGCGAAGAAGGUGCUGAGGUACAGUGGACCGUUCUUCUCAUAGGCCUUCGUG